UUUUCUUCUUCACCAUCGAGAAGAAUGUCGGGUAGAAGCCGAUAUGGCUACAAAAUGGAAACCCAUGUCCAGGGGACUUGUCCGCCCCCCACGACUCAUCAAAAGCUUUCACGUGAUUGGUGUAGAUGAUGAUUCCGUUGUACGCGGCGUCCCUAGAUUUUCUGCCGCUCUUUUUCUUCCUGAUCCGCUCCCCAUCGUGAGGUUUCCAAGAGGGGGAACUCGUCGGUGGAGGAAAUGAAUUGAAUUGGCGGCUCCGAUAAGCAACUCCCCCUCAUUAAUUGAAUUGGUGCCGUCCCCCUCGUUGCGAGAUAUUUUUUCUCCUUUACACCCCUUCCUCAUCCCAACGGCCCACCUCCUCCCUCUUUACAUGAAUCCGUCUUUUGGCCGCUCCCCAGAAUUCCGCACCCCCUCCUCAUCCCUGAAUCCGGCGGUCUCUGAUUUGGAGUUGAGUUGAAGCGCUUCCUGUGCAUUUCUUGCUUUCAGGCUGCACUAGAAGCAUCGUUUUGUCAGAAUAGAACAUGACACGAGGAGUGCAAAGUGUAGAUGGUUCUUCUAGUUCUUUCUCUCAGAGCAGUAAACAAGAAACAGAGGAUGACCAAAUGAUUGCAACUGUGCUUUCAGAAGAAUAUGCACAAUUAGAUGGUGCAGUUGCUAGGAGACUUUCACAUCUGCAAUCUGUUCCUCACGUUCCACGGAUCAACUCAUGUAUCCCUAGCUACAGCGACGCAACCUUGGAUCACCACAGACUACUUGAGAGAUUGAAUGUUUAUGGUCUUUGCGAGGUCAAGGUUUCUGGCGAUGGGAAUUGUCAGUUUCGAGCUCUAUCAGACCAAAUGUUUAGAUCACCUGAGCAUCACAAAUACGUCCGGAAGGAGAUAGUAAAACAGCUCAAGGAGUUCCGCGCAUUAUAUGAAGGUUAUGUUCCUAUGAAGUAUAAAAGCUAUUACAAAAAAAUGGCCAAAUCUGGUGAAUGGGGUGAUCAUGUAACUCUCCAGGCUGCAGCUGAUAAGUUUAGAGCAAAAAUCUGUUUGCUGACGUCUUUCAGAGAUACAUGUUUUAUAGAAAUUGGUCCACAACAGCAGGUGCCUGAACGUGAGCUGUGGUUAAGCUUUUGGUCUGAAGUACAUUACAAUUCUUUGUAUGACAUACGAGAUGCUAUGGCACGGCCCAAGCCAAGAAGGAAACAUUGGUUAUUCUAGCCUCUUCUGCUUUGGACUACAGAUUUGUAUGUCUUGAGAGUUUACUGUACAUAGACAUGAUAUUAAGCAGAGGUGGUUUUUUUGCCCUUAUCAUUUUAUUUCUUUUUUUAAAUCCCCCCCCCCCCCUCCUUCUUUCUUUUCUGUUCUUUGCCUUUUAACAUGUAUCUUCAUUGUCAGUACUAAGGCCCAGGCUUGUGGGUGUUAUAUUAAUUAAUUGUACUCAAACCAGUUUGUUACUUGAAUUAGUUCAGUUGCAUAAAAUGGAUGAUUUUUUAGUUCCUUAA